AUGGCCGAAGCCAGGCUAUUUGGAUUUCAGGAUGCGUUUGCCUGCUCGUUGUGUCUGAAGACCCUGACUGACCCCGUGUCCCUGAAUUGUGGUCACAGUUUCUGUCUGAAGUGCCUCACGGACUGCUGGGAUCAGAGCCACGUGUACAGCUGUCCUCAGUGCAGACACGUCUUCAUCCUGAAGCCUGAACUGCACAUAAACACGCUGCUGAUUGAAGUCAUCGAGAAACUGAAGAAGACGGAACUCAGCCCUCCCUCGACACAGAAUUGCACCGGCCCUGGUGACGUGGAGUGUGACGCUUGCUGUGGGAAGAAGUUCAGAGCCGUGAAGUCGUGUCUGACCUGCAUGGCCUCCUUCUGUCAGACUCACAUCCAGCCCCACUACAGAGAUGCUGCCCGGAAAGGCCACAAGCUGGCUGAUCCUGAUAAAGAUCUAAAGGCGAAGCUCUGUGCAAAACAUCACAAGAGCCUGGAAGUAUUUUGCAAGACUGAUGAGAUGUGUCUCUGCAAGAUGUGCAUGGUGGCUGGACACAAGGGGCAUAAAGUUGUCGAGCUGAAGACGGAAGGAAAGAAAAAGCAGAAGCAGCCGGGGAUGACACUGAGUGAAAUCCAGAAGAGAUUCAGGGAGCAAGAGAAGAAACUGAGGGAGACCAAUCAGCCAGGAGAAGUGAUGAAGAUGUCUGCAGAAAAGGAGGUGAAGGGAAAGGAGAAGAAGUUCACUGGUUUGAAUCACUUCAUUGAGAAACCUCAGAGGAAAAUGGCCAAGCGAAUCAGAGAACUAAAGAGAGAUGUGGAGAAGACUGAAGGAAUCAUGGAGCGCCUGCAGAAGAAGAUUGAGGAGUUGAAGAGCAAAGACGCUGAGCUGAAGGAAGAGUUCAUGCAGACUUUUUCAUCUUUCUGUGCCACUCCUGCUGAUAGAGGCAUAACUGUCACCCCUGAUUUCUCUUCUGAGGAAAUGCGAAAGGAGAUGUCCUGUCUGAAAAAGCAACUGGAGAAAGUCAAUCAGCAGGACGUCGUGAAACUGACACCAUCGUGUCAUGAAGCUCCAACCUGCACCCUGCAGUCUCCUGAACCUCAGAGCCGAGAGGAGUUUCUACAAUACUUCUGUCCCCUCACACUGGACAUCAACACGGCACACAGAGUCCUCCGUCUGUCUGAAGGGAACAAGAAGGUGACAUGUGAGAAGACAAAGACCAAAUAUCCUAAUCAUCCUGACAGGUUCGACUGGUGGGAGCAAGUUCUGUGUAAAGAGGCUCUGACUGGGACUCGCUGUUACUGGGAAGUGGAGUGGAGUGGGGAUGUCAUGGCGAUGGGAGUCGCAUACAAAGGACUGGGCAGGAAAGGAAACGGUGAUGAGUGCCGUCUUGGAUACAACAACAAGUCCUGGGCUUUGGUCUGUUCUCAGUCAUGGUCCUUUGUGUGUCACAAUAGCAUGAUGACUCUAAUCAGCGCCCCCCACAGCCCCAGAGUAGGUGUGUAUCUGGACUGGCCUGCUGGCUCUGUGUCAUUUUAUAGCGUCUCACACACAAUGACCAUCCUGCACAGGUUCAACACCUCCUUCACUGAGCCCCUCUAUCCGGGAUUUUGGCUCGCUCGGGGAGCAGCCUCAGCUGGGUCGAGCUAUGGCCUGGUGUACUUAGUCAAGGCACAGAUCACAUCAGAGAAAUGGCUGGUGUUCCAGAAGAGCCUGCUGGACACAAGGGAGUCAAAGCUGGGGGAGCUGUCAAAAAUGGGACCCGUUAAAGCCAAUUGCUGCACUCCCUGA